AUGUAUCGCCGUUAUAUCUUUAGCCGUUACUGGUUCAGCCGUUAUUGCUUCAGCCAGCCCCGCGUCUUCACAGCAGAACUUGACCACGGCUAUCACACCAUCUCUACCACUACUAUCAGACUGAUAGAACAAGUACUGAAAUCCUGUAUCAUGGCUGAAGGUGACACUAACCCCAUGGGGGACGAUGCCUUAGCAGAAAUGCAAAUAGAUGAAGUGCGCGCUCCUCCUGGCCCGGACAAUUGUGGACCUUUUUGGCGUUGGGAAAUCUCUGAAGAGCAGCUUGUCGAGUGUGUGAAGGACAAGAUUCUCCUUGUUUUAAGGUCUUAUGUUGAUCCCAAGAAGAAGGGCAAGAUUCAGCUUCAUACUAUCUUAGACCCAUAG